UCUAUGUGGAAGAGAAAUCGAGCAAAUUUGGUGGCGUGGGGGCCCAUUGGGUUUGCACCACAGCACGGUCUUCGUCUGCAUUUUAGUGUCACUCCCGUCUUUACUCGCUUUGCCAUCCCCCUUUUGAGUGAUGAAUAACUCAUUUCCUCUACACGACCGAUUGCAGGAGCAACGCCGUGCGCUGGCCGAGGAGACCGUGUCGUAUGCGAUCUACCUCUCGCCGUCAGAUCAGGAUCAGGAUCAGGAUCAGGACCAUCAUGAACCCAUGGUCACGCUCGAAUCGGCUCAGCUGGCAAAGACGCUCAUAGGUUCUAUUGUCAUGGAACUCGCAAAGGACUACAUCUGGCACAAGGAUGCUUUCUCGCUACGAGUCGAGUCUGGCAAAGGAAUAUUUCCUUCAAGGCAGCCGUAUUUGAAAGGAGAAGCGAGGAUUGGAGACUCACUGGAUGACGAAUGGUUGAUCGUGCACCUGCUGAGAGAGAUCACCGAAAGGAUCCCAGGAUCUGUGGCAAGAGUUCAGGACAACGAUGGUGAAUUCUUGUUGAUUGAAGCGGCAGACCAUAUUCCAUCGUGGCUCGACCCUGAUAACAGCGAUAACAGGGUGUUCAUCUACGAGGGAAACCUUCAUAUCAUACCAAUUGCUGUCACUGCGAAAGAAAAGGAGACAUUCCCACCAACAUUAGGCUCAAAGUCAAAGUCACCAAACCUCCAGGACGCAUUGGACAUCAUUCGUUCUUCCCCUUCCUCACGCACUUCAAGCUCGACCGUGACAACACUGGCGAAUCCGAAGAUCCAGCGGGCUGCAUUUGGUCCGCUCAUAUCUGACACCCAGGGCCAAGCAUUUGCGUCAAGGAAGAUCCAGGACCAGAGACAUUAUGCGCGCUGUCAGAUCCCCGUGGAUGUCGCCAGGAUUUUGAAGGCGCGACCAGAGCUCGUCACACGAGCAUGUGAGGCUUUUUAUACGAGGGAUGCUAUCGCAAUGGCAGCGUGUAGUCGCAUGACAAAAUUUUUUCCAGCAGAUGCUUCCAGCGCCGACGUUUCCACAAUACCUGGGAUGCAACGUCUGGGAAAGAUGGGAACAUCAUUCGUGACGACCGCAGUCUGCUUCACAAAGACCUGCUAUGCACAGCUGAUGGGCCAGCAAUUUCGACCGCCCAAAAUUUGGGACGGUAUAGUGCCACCACCCAAGGAUGAGGAUGCCAAUGAUCCUCAAAAAAUCAAGGAAGCCGAACUAGGCAUGAAACUGACCUGCGGCUUUGAAAUCCUCUGCGAUCCUGACUAUCCAGGUGACUUUGGAUUCAAGGAUGAAGCAGAGCUCAAACUGAAGGAUUUUUCUUUUGCGACAGACAAUGCUUGGCGCAUCUUCAAAAACAAUCUCACAGCAAGGAAAUACUUUGGAGACGAAUGUCCAGGAUCCAAAGGAUACCAGAAACUGGAGGAGGCUGCCAAGCAACAGUUUCUGGAAUAUAAAGCGAAUCAGCUGCGCAACGAAAAGGACACUGAAGCCCUCAGCUUAGUUUCGUUUCAUGGCCAUGCCUAUCAUCCAGUACAGGGAAUCGAACGCAUUUUGGACGCUGACUUGCAGUCCAGCGAAGCGGCGAUAUUGGUUGAUGAUAGGAAAGACGACAAUGACUCAUGGAUGGAAGUGGAUCUGGAGACACUGGAGGAUAUGAUGCGAGAACGUGGCUUUGGUGGCGGUUCGUCCAGGGAUCAAAAUCAAGCCAAUAAAAAAGGACUUGAUAUGCAGCAGAUGAUCGACCGCUUCGGGGAAUUCAUCCAGGAAGGAGAGGGUGGUAUCGAGGGAGCCGAGUUCAUGGAUGAGCAGAGUGAACAGGAGGAUGACGAGGACGAGGAGUUUACAGAAGCAUCUCAUGAUCGUGGCGAAAAUGAGAGGGGUGCUGACAAUCAGAGCGACGAGGUAUCGAGCGAAGACGACGAAGAAGAGGAUAUAUUUGCGAGCGACUAUGAGGAACAGCAGGCUAAGAAAUAUGCGGCUAAAAAGGCGCGCAUUUUUGGAAACGGCAAGAUAAUUAUGAAUCUUGGAGCUGUUCCUGAUUCGACGACGACGAAGGCUACGGAAACGACUCGCGAGACGUUUACUAUCGAUAACGAAAGUCUAAAGACGAUCCUCAUCCAGACCUUUAGCGAUCAUGUUGCGCCUGCCAGAACCAAAGGAGAAGCACAGGACGAACGCGAGUACAGCAAUGAGGACGAGGACAUGGAUGAUGAAGGACUUCAAGAGUACAUGGAGGCGCUCGAUGUCGAAUUGGCAGGCACCAAAAUUGGAAAGUCGUUCGAGAAGAUGCCAGCAGGACCCUCCGCAGGCACAGGAUCGGCUUCAUCUUCAGUCUCGACAGCUGGUCCUACAAAGGAGGAAAAGGGCAAGGGUGUAUUGCGGCCAACUAAGGCAGCGAAGCCGGAAAAGAAUCUGGAAGAAUUGAUGAAGGAGUACACGGACAGAUCAAGACGUGGUUUCUGUCGACAUGGCCCAUUCGGAUACGAUCCGGCGGCGAUGGUCUUUGCGGACGAUGAUGACGACGAUGACGACGAUGACGAGGAAGUUAGAGACGACGUAGGCCCCGACUCGGCACGUAUCACCGAAAUCAUGGAGGACGAGCAAGAACUGGAUGUGGUCGAUGUAGAUCUGAACCUGGCCAAGAACCUGCUCGAGAGUUUCAAGAGUCAGGGAGGAUUGCCGGGACCAGGAGGCAAUCUUCUGUCAAGGCUUGGGAUCGUACUUCCAAGAGAUGAAGAGGAGCAGGAGGGCGACGAUGUGUAGAAGCACCAUAUCAGUAUUGCACUCAUUGCUACAUCUGUAAAAUAUAAUUUGCAUUUGCAUAUCGAGCAUCAUUGAGGC